AUGAGUUGGUGUACAACAGAGGAAGUAGCCUACUUGAUAAACGUCAGUAGGCUGCGCCCCGACAUUGCUGAGGAUGAACGCAAGGCAGCAGACCUGCGGUUUAUUGAGCUUCACGACUCGGCGCUGAACAUUGGCGAUGUGUUAACGCAGUUGGCGGUGGCGUACGACAAUUUUUCAUAUGGGUUGCGGUUGUCAGCAGCACUGGCACUCGAGUCGCUGGUAACGCAGCGCAUCUGGUGCGGAGGGAGUAGAUUUAGUGAUAAGACCAACGUAGUUAGCACACUACUAGCAUUUCUGCGUCGUGAUAUUGCUACCACUACUACUACUACUACUGCUUCUAUACCAGCAAUUGAGGGACGAGUACAUGCUUCACUAUUAUCUUCGUUCUGUCGAAUUAUCAUUUUUGAGUACCCAGGAACACACUGGGAGUUAUUCCUGGAGGAGUGCGUGAAUGCGAUAAUGGGAUGUGAAAAGCAACAGGAGCAGCAGCAGCAGCAGCAGGGAAAGGAAUAUAUGUUAAUGUGGCACGGGGUAGUUCUGCGAUUGUCAGAGUUUGGCAGUUCUAACAGGAUGUUAUGGUGGCAAUUAGCGAAUGAUGUUGUCCGUCGUCUUUUAGAGAGUGCAGUUUUCUCUGGUCGAGAUCAACCGCGAGUGUUUUGCCUUCGUGUAGUUCUAUAUCUGAUGAAACGGCGACCGCGUCUUGCUGAAACUACAGAAGGGGAACGGCCAACUAAUUCUUUUAUUUUUUCCAGUUCUUUUCGGCACUUCAUUGGAUGCAAUCUAGAGGAACGAUUAACGGCUUUUGAAAAAAGCGAUCUCUCUGAUUCUAUUGUUGAGGAGUGUGGAUUACUGCUAAAUAUUGCACAGAAUUUGAUUCAUGAUGCCGAUUUUGCUUCCCUUGUGUUUCAUUCCAGCAUUCGGUUACUACAGUACUGUGAGUCUGCGUAUGUUGCUGCUUCAUAUGAUGAAAUUACACCUUUGGUCGGUUGUGUUGAUAGUGGGCUUGAGUGCUUGGCUGCCGUAGUGCAGACCUUUCCCGAGGUUUCCUCACAGUUUGACAUCAACAAACUGCUCUCAACACUUUUCUGUUACAUGACACGCGCGACCACUACCACCUCUACUGCUCUUGAGCGGGGUAGUGAGAUGGCACUCUUGACGUUGCUUCAGGAUGACUAUGUUGUACCGCUGGGCUGCGCUGGCGGCGAUACCGCAUCCAACGCUGGCGCUGUGCUUGAACUAUUAGUAGAUGCAAGUCCACAGGAGCAAUUAGCGCAGCUGCUGAUUUCCCUCUGUAACUGUGUUGACGGACUGCAGCAAGGGACUCACUCGCCGCACUGGCGUGCCUGGAUAACAGCACUGCGUUGUCUUUGCCGCGUAUGUGAAGAGAAGGAAGUGUCACUAACCGACAGUCUGCCAGAUGCAGCGGGUAAACUUUUGGGAUCACUCGCAGAGUUGUUGCAUCAGUGCAAUGAUAUUGUAACAGCUGCGGAGCUUGUUGAUCUUCUCGCUCUCUGUCUUGCAAGGACACCGCAGACCUCUCUCUGCCGAGGAUUCCUCUCCAUCCUCGAGACUGUGUUCAAUACCGGAAGUACUAUUAUUAGUAGUACUAGUAGUACUAUGACAGAACCGGACGCGGUCGAGGGUGAGGCAUUACGUGCUGUUGUGAUCUAUGCCGUGCACCGAUUACUCUCCAAGUGCUGCACAUCCAACGCCAUCAGUGAGUUUUGCGAUACGGCGGUGUGGCUGCAACGUGCACUCGCCAUUGCAUCGCGUGGUGGACCACUUGCGGUGUAUAGUGGUGCCCACGCCGUAUGUACACUAAUGCGUAUCAUGUUAGAAUCUUCACCACGUGAAGUUGUGCUACCGCAAUUACAAAUACACGCAUCAUUGGUACUUGCCGCUGUGGAUAACGCGUGUCGGCAUUGUGCGGCGGUCCCGGAUGCCGCAUCUCUCCUCACCGGACUAUUGUUUUGCCUCUGCGAACACGUCUCCGGUAAUUGUGCGCUGGCCACAGAGUUGCUUCACCUCGUCAUUUCACACUGUGGUCAGCCUAACACCCCUCCCUAUGCACUGUUAUUGCGCUCUCUCACAGACUACGUCAUGCGCUUGUCAAAAGCGACGGUGCAGCAGAUGUGUUGUACCAACUGUGUGACAUCAGUGAUGCAGCAAUCUCUUCCUGCUGUAGUACACUUUAGUGUAGUGGAUGCACCGCAUGAUGAGGCUACAACACGUCUUGUCUCAACCAGUUUAGCAGCUGCCGUGUCGUGUGGCUAUGCAGGGGCAAUGUGCGAACAGAUCGGUCCUGCGCUUAUGGAGGUUUUACGUUCAUCAGUACAUGAGCGUCAUAGCUGUACGACGUUAUCGACUGUUGUUGCUGCAAUGAGUUCUGUAGCCCUUGUAUGCCCAACACUUCUUGAUUCUGAUAUAACGGAAGCGGUGUCUCUUGUCUUUGGCACUGUGGAUCCUGCUGUUGCAAAGGGAAUGAAUUACACCGGCUGUUGUCUCUUGCCUGCGCUUUUUUGCAUCCGAAGACCGCAGCAGCUGAGUAUUAUCAUAACGGGCCUCACAACAACACAACCGUAUACAAUGGCGUGGGGAACAAUGUUCGGUAUUUGGAGUUCUGUCGCACCAUUUGCAGAUCACUUCACCGGGUUGUAUUUCCUUGCAGCAUGGCAUCGAAUUCUCUGCUACGCCUUCGCAGCUCACGCCGAGGGGGGUGAUAGAUUAACAGUAGAUAUACACAGUUGCAACGUGUAUUACUUACCAAGCCUGCACGUAAAAUCUCUUCCAAAGAAACGUAUGAUGGGGUGUAGCAUUAUACAGUGCAUUGCACUUGGACUUGUACUAAUGCUUCACAGAUGGCAACGCUCUUCAAAGACGAAAUUGUUGGAUUCAGACAUAUUAUUGUCACUCUCUCUUACACGACGAUUCGAAUCACUCGCUUGUUGUAGUGUUCACGAUGCUGGUGUUGAUAAGCUCCUCUCAUUGAGCCCCACGGAGGGUGCGAAGUUGCUGCUUCAAAGGAUGUCAGAUGGUGGUUAUGGAAAUCAAGUGAAUGUCGCUGUAGGUUUUGUGGAUGGGUCGUGA